AUGGAAAGCAACGUAAGACAACAACGCAUAUGUGGCUUGCUCGGUGGCUUGACGUAUAUUUCGACAGUUGAUUAUUACAAUUAUAUAAAUCGUAUGGUUAACGAAGCAUUACCAGGUCAUAGUAGUUGUAUUCACAUCAUAUCGGUGAAUAUUUUCCAUUAUGUCAAAUUACUCGAACAAAGUGAAUGGUCAAAGGCUAUCGACUAUCUUGUUGAAGGUGUUCGUCAAUUAGUCAAUAGCGGUAUUGAUUUUCUGGUAAUUGGUUCGAACACGGCCCAUAUUGCUGUAUCACGAAUUGCUGAAUGUUAUCCAGAUUUGGUAGUUCUACACAUCAGUGAUGCUGUCGCUCAUGCUAUAAAACAGAAGAAAAUUCACAAGAUCGGAUUUUUGGGUACACGUUUUACGAUGAAACCGGAUAGUUGCGCUGUUCAACGUUUGAUUGAGCAUGGGUUCGAAGUGAUUUUUCCGAAUGAUGAAGAGAUAGUGCAAUUAAAUGAUAUUAUCAUGAAAGAAUUAUCAUUUAAUAUAUUCACUGAAGAAUCGAAACAAACCUAUGUAAAAGUAAUUCAACGUUUGAAAGAUGAACACAACGUCGAAGGCAUUGUUCUUGGUUGUACCGGUGAGAAUUUCAAUGUAAUCGAUUGA